ACUCCGCGCAUGCGCAGAUCAGAGAGAAAGUUAACUCCUGAACUUCGUAGUCAGAAAAAAAAUAAAUAAAUAAAAAUCUGAUUUAUAAAAUCGCAGGGGAAAGUGCGUCCAGCUGACAUGGCAUUCCGACGGAGAAACAAGAGCUAUCCUUUCUUCAGCCAGGAGUUUUUAAUACAGAACCACGCCGACAUCGUCUUCAGUUUGGUCAUUUUCAUUCUGAUUGGUUUGAUGUUUGAGGCUACAGCAAAGACGGCCAUACUGUUCAUCCAGCCUCAGUACAAUGUCAGCACAAUAUCAGCAGACGGCGAGGUGACGUUGUACCACUACGGAUGGAAGGACUGCGCUACCAUCCUCUUCUAUUUCUUUAUCGCCAUCAUCCUCCAUGCAGUAGUGCAGGAGUAUCUUCUAGAUAAAGUUAACCGGCGUCUUCAUCUCUCCAAGAGCAAGAAUACAAAGUUUAACGAGUCGGGUCAGCUGUGUGUGUUUCACUUUGUGUCAAGCGUGUGGAGCCUCUAUGUGCUCAUAACGGAGGGAUUUCUUCUGCAUCCCAGCAGUCUAUGGGAGGAUUAUCCCCAUGUACACCUCAGGUUUCAGGUGAAGUUUUUCUACCUCACUCAGCUGGCUUACUGGCUGCACGCUUUGCCGGAGCUGUACUUCCAGAAAGUACGGAAGGAGGAGAUUUCUCGUCAGCUCCAGUACAUCUGCCUGUACCUGCUGCACAUCGCCGCCGCUUAUUUGUUAAAUUUGACUCGCGUGGGACUGGUGCUCCUGUUCCUUCAGUAUAUCUCAGAGCUCGGCUUCCACAUCGCCAGACUUUUCUACUUCACUGACGAGAGCCACCAGAAAAUGUUUGACCUGUGGGCGGUCAGCUUUGUGUUCACGCGGAUGUCGACCCUUACCCUGAUGUUCCUGGCGGUGGGCUUUGGUUUGGCUCGGGCUGAGAACCAGGGUUUGGACUUGGAGACUGGCAACUUCAACACUGUCUUUAUAAGGAUGAUCGUUUUAAUGCUGGUGUGUUUGACCCAGUCGUGGCUACUCUGGAAGUUUAUCCGCUUCCAGCUGAGGCGCUGGAGAGAAUUCCGACACGAACAGGCCAUUCGCAAGAAGGCCGCCUCAAAACAACCCGCCCGACCAUUGAAGCGAGACUCCCUUGGGCACCAUGAGAACGGAGUUCUCAAAGCUGAGAACGGAACUUCGCCAAGAACCAAAAAACUCAAAGCGCCCUAAGAUAGUACUCUGACUGGCCUGGACAGUAGCUUUAGCCCCAACUAAAGCUCCCCAUCAGCACAGUGGACAAACUGCUGGCCACCGAUCUUCUGUUUGAGUGUCCUGAGAUGUACCAGGGACUCAAGUCGCUGCAGACACAGGCUUGAAUGCUGGAACCAAGGAAAUCCCUAAACGCCCAACGGACAUACAAUCUUCUUAUAUUCAGUAUUUUUAUAAAUCCACACAGCCUUCUAUCCCACCCUACGGAGCACCAUUUUAUGCAAGACAAUUAAAAUACAAGAAGCAGUGUGCAGCGCACAGCGUAUACCAUGUGCGCAUCACUGCCGAAUGAUGCUUAUCUUCGAACACGAGUACUGUAUUUGUAGCGCUUUUCUGACGUUGCAGUUGUUGUCAGCUGCAACUGAGCCGGUUUCUCGUUUGUGAGCAGAAAAAUGUUACUAGCGUUGGAUGAUGCAGGUCUGGCUCCAUGCCAGACAUAACGUCGCGCCAGGAACCAGAGAUUUGGCCAGUUAGUACAGCGGUCACGCAAACUCUUACCAGUGGGUUGUCGGUCUAAAAUUCUGUUUGUCACUGGUCACGUAACAGUUAAACAAAGUAUGUAUGGUGGAUAUUACUGCAUGCCGUUCCAUGUUUUUUUUUUUUUUUUCUUUUGUUAAUUACUUUAUUAAAUGAUGCAUUUUUCUGACAAUUUUA